UGGAAAGAAAAAACAAAAAGCUUUGGGAUUGGAAUUGGAAUUGGAAUUGGAAUUAAACUUCAUAGAAAAUCACCGAUCAGAACUAAGUUUAAAGUUCUCUUUUCCAAAACAUAUAUCAAUUUGUACCAAAAAAAUUCUUAACAAAACUGUGAUAUAUAUUUUUGCACUUAUAACCAUUUUUUAGAGUUCUUUAACUCAUGUCUCUACUGAAUCAACUCUUCAACAGAGGACUUCAAGCCUCGAAAUGCAAGACAUGCUUGACCUUGGCAAUCUCACGAAUCAAAUUAUUACAAAACAAGAGAGAUGCACAGCUCAAAAAUAUGCGCAAGGAGAUAGCCCAAUUUCUGCAAGCCGGCCAGGAAUCCAUAGCUCGAAUUAGGGUUGAGCAUAUUAUACGUGAGCAAAAUAUAUGGGCUGCCUAUGAAAUUUUGGAGUUGUUCUGCGAGUUUGUUUAUGCCCGUGUCCCUAUCCUUGAAAGCCAAAAAGAAUGCCCUACGGAAUUGCGGGAAGCUGUUGCAAGUAUAAUCUUUGCAGCUCCAAGAUGUUCAGAUUUGCCAGAUUUAUUGCAUGUCAGGAAUCUAUUUGCAGCUAAAUAUGGAAAGGAAUUCAUAGCUGCAGCAUCUGAGCUUCGGCCUGAUACAAGUGUCAACCGUACAAUUAUAGAGAAACUUUCAGUCGGUGCUCCAUCAGCUGAAGUAAGGCUCAAUGUAUUGAAGGAAAUUGCAAGAGAGUACAACGUGGAGUGGGAUUGUUCUAACACAGAAGCAGAACUGAGUAAAAAGCCAGAGGACCUUCUGAAUGGACCAAAACAAAUUGCUGCACCUGCUCGGGCGUCUCUAGAACCAAAUGCUCGUGGUCAUGCCCCAACUUCUGCAAAUCCUGUGACGUCUCGAAAUGGCAAUCCAGGAGCUAGAAGUCUCGAGUCUCCAACCUCUGUUAGUAAAGCACCUCUAUGGCCUGCUAAUAUAGAUAAACCAUCACUUGGUGACAGCACUUUGGGUGAUUCUGUCGAUAUAAAAAAGGAUACAAGACCAGAAACAUCAGAUGUAUUAGAGAGAGCUCGUGCUGCUAUUUCUGCUGCAGAGCGUGCAUCUGCUGCUGCCCGACUUGCUGCAGAUUUGGUUAACAUCAAGUUCAAUUCUUCAAAGGUAGAGGAGGGCAAAAGUUAGUGAAGCUGUUAUUCUUAAUUUAGAUCUGCAGAUUUGGCUAGUGUCAAGUUUUCUUUUUUAAUCUGUCUGAUGCCUCUUUUCUUUAUGUGUGUCUGAGAGUGAGAGAGAGAGAGAGCAACAGGAUCAUAAUUUUAUCGUCAUGGCGGCUUCUGUGCACACUGUUAUAUCCUGGUGGUUUUCUUAUUCGACCAGCUUAGAAGUGCAAUGUUAUUUGUAAAAUAUGAAGUGAAUAUGAGUUCCCUGAAAUGAAUAAUAAGUAUUAGGAGUAUGAGUUUCAUGCUAAA